AUCUUGUCAAACACACGAUGAGUAUUAAAGAGACACUUGAGAAAGCCAUGCUUUGCUCAGGGAUGCUCACGGAGACUGGUGCGCCCUUCCACACUUCCGACCUAUUCGGUUUGGUAAUCGCAUUGAGCCUUGUAAUUUCCGGAUUCCUUUUCGCUGCUUUCCACUUAUCCGUUGAUGUGCUCAGAGCUUUCCAGUUGUUGCACAUGCGAUGAUUAUAUAAACUGACUUGGAUGACAGCUGCAACAUUGCUGCUCAAAGGCAGCAUUUGGUCCACUUCAUGAUGCUCUAAGGCAUUUCCCAACUGCAUCUCCUUCAUGCAUAAGGUUUGUUUGAUUCAAAUCAGCCAGAUGCAAAACCUGUACCACUUAAGAUGGCUUAGAUCAUCAAUGCUGGCGAGUCAGAUGCGCCAUCUCUCUACUUUGCCGGCACCAGCCCUGGCAGGUCUUCGAGUUUUGGAGCUUGCAAGUGUUUUGGUGGAGAACAGAAAGACAGGCGGUGAUGUCACACGCAGCUGGCGAUUGCGAGGGGAUGAUCCGAGCAAGCCAAGCUCCUAUUUUGCUUGCUGCAAUUUAGGAAAACGCUCCAUUGCCUUGGAUGCACAGACACCCAAAGGGCAAGACCUUUGCAGGCGAUUGGCUGCGACUUCCGAUGUUGUCUUGGCAUCCUACAAACCGGGUGAUGCAGAGAAACUGGGCAUGGAUGCCCAGCGACUUCGAGCAAAACAUCCGCAGCUGAUUUAUGCUCAGAUCACGGGAUAUGGUCUCAAGGAUCCUCGCGUGGGCUAUGAUGCAGUGGUGCAGGCGGAAUCGGGCUUUACUUUCAUGAAUGGAAGUCCUGGUGAGGCAGGUCGCCCAACAAAAAUGCCUGUAGCCCUGGUGGACUUGCUAGCAGCGCAUCAGCUCAAAGAGGCUGUUCUGCUGGCGCUUCUACAACGUGAACGGACUGGUGAAGGUGCGCACGUCCACGUCUCGCUUAUGGCGGCGGCAUUGUCAUCACUGGCCAACCAGGCGACUGGCUAUUUGAUUGCCGGGCAAGUGCCGCAGCGCAUGGGUUCUGAUCAUCCAUCCAUUUGCCCCUACGGCACAGACUUUCUCGAUCAGGAUGGUCUACCGAUUAUUUUGGCAGUGGGGUCGGAUGCGCAGUUUCGCAGCCUUUGCGAGGUCUUAAAGCGAAGCGAGCUUGCAGACUGUCCCCGCUUUGCCUCCAACGCAGAACGGGUGGCAAACCGCCAGGAGCUUCUGUCACUCUUGGCCUCAGCCAUUGCCGAGACCAAGCGGGACGAAUUGCUUCUGGAGCUGCGGCGGCGCAAGGUCCCUGCAGGUGCCAUAGCUGAUAUGGCCACUGUUUUUCAAUCAGACCAAGCACAGGCCAUGGUGCUUCCAGAUGGGAAUUCUUUGGGGCUACGUCAGGUAGCCUGGGAUGGUCAUCAACGAAAGAAGCUGAAAACCUUGCCAGGUUUUGGAGAGCACUCCAUCGAGAUUUUGACUGAGGACUUACUUUUGAGCAAGGACGAGGUGCAAGAGCUUGUGGAGAAUGGUGUUGUUGCGACGCAUGGAACAUCAUAAGAAAAUCGCUGCCUCAGUGCAAUC